ACUCUCCAAUUCAAGCUCUCACCGACUCACCCCAUAAAACCACACAAAUACAAAAUAUCCCAUAUAUAUAAAAUCAAUUAGUAUUCCAUCUUUUCUUCAUGUGCAUUGCUAAGAUGAUUCUUCUGAAACUCACAUACGCUGUUUCUUUUUGGAUUACUGGUGCGGUCGUCAUAAUGUCAAGAACGAUAAAGCGAGCUUUGCUGGGCUCAUUCAUCUUCAUUCUUGCUUCCGCUAGUGUUGUGGUAGCCGCCAUUGUAGGAGCCAUCGAAGGUCACACCACUGACAUCGGAUUUCUUCAAGGUAGUUUGCUCGGAGUCGUGGCUGGAGUUAUCACCGCGGUCCAACUUUUUGGGCCGGUGCUACAUGGUGAUCAACCUUUGUCUAAGGUGGCUUUACUCAGGAGAGUAGUGAAUGGGAAAGCCAUCAUGGGAUUGGUUAGACCGUUUGUUCUCAAAGCAUAUCAAUGGCAAAUAAUAACAUUGGAUACAAAUUACAUGGAGAGUUCAAACUUAUACGAUUUCAAUCAAGAGAAAAAGGGAUUAUCGAAGAGCUCUAUUGUGAACAUCCCGAAGUUCUACAACUGUUCAGAUCAGCAAAUAAAAUCGAGUUGUUCGAUUUGCUUACAGGAUUGGGAAGAAGGGGAAGUAGGAAGAAAGCUUGAGAGAUGUGGCCACAUAUUUCAUAUGAAUUGCAUAGAUGAGUGGUUGCUUAGGCAAGAAACUUGCCCCAUUUGUAGAGACCAUCUUUCAUAACACACUUCUUCAUACUCUUAUCUCCAUUUUUUUUGUAAUAACUAAACAUGUUUUUCCUAAGCAAUCCCAUGUAAAUAGAAGUCAAUAAAAAUAACAUGUUGUG